UGACGCUGUUUGUCUCGGGGAGGUUCGCGGGCAGACAUGGACCUGCACUGCGUCAUUUGCCUGAUUCUUGCGGCUAACUUGAGAGCUACUGCAGGCCAAAUAACCAGAUGCCCUCGAGGCCAGUGGCAGUGUGAUGAUGGAAAGUGCAUCCCUGAUGUGUUGAGAUGUGAUGGAACCGGACAAUGUCUGGAUGGAUCUGAUGAAAUGGAAUGUGCAGCACCCUCAGGCUCCCCUCAGUGUCCACCAGGUCAGUUUUCUUGUUUGGACUCUGUCGGCUGUGUGGACUCGUCAGCCCGCUGUGAUGGAAAAGCCCAGUGUCCCUCAGGCUCAGACGAGGAGAACUGCCCUGCCACUGACGGCUGUUUGGACUCGGACUGGACCUGUAAGAACCACAUGUGUGUCCCUAAAGAGCUGCGCUGCAACAGAGUGAACGACUGCAUGGACAAAUCCGAUGAAAAAGACUGUGGUGUGUGUGGGGAAGGCAGUGUGCAGUGUCCUGAUGGGACAUGUCUGUCCCCUGAAAAAAGGUGUGAUGGACAACUUCAGUGCUCAGAUGGCAGAGACGAGCCUGUGACGUGUGGUGGUGUAUGCUCCGUGAACAACGGCGGCUGUAGCCAUGUGUGUGUGGACGAGCCGUGGGGAAGUCUGUGUGCCUGUCCUGUUGGGUAUAAGCUUGCUGCUAAUGGAGCUAUCUGUGAAGAUGUGGAUGAGUGUGCCUCAUUUCUUUCUCCCUGUAUGCAUCACUGCACUAAUGCCAUCGGAUCCUACUACUGCCACUGCAGAGAAGGCUUCACGCUGGGUAGAAACUCCAUUUGUCUUGCAACAGGCAAUUCUACCAGACUGCUGAUGGUGCAGAGGAAAGCGAUCGGACUGUUGAAUGUAAUGUCUCAGUUUGAAGUUGUCCACACUCCAGUGUUGGAUGCAGUGGCUUUGACAUACGACAUCGCCCCUGGUUUGUUCUACUGGGCCGACGGCCGUGGCAGCAUUUACAAAAGUGAUGGACGGCAAGGCUGGAUAACCUACACUGGUGAGCCUGGGAUCAAAAGUCUGGCUUGUGAUUGGCUGAAUGGAAACCUUUACUGGACCAAUGAGCAGACAAAGGCCAUCUACAUGCAGGCAACAGAUGGGAACAGUUACACCACUGUGCUCAACAAAAACAUAAGCCCGUCAGAUCUGGUGCUUCUACCUGUGGAGAGCAUGAUGUUCUGGAUGAAUGAAGGUCCAGGUGACAGGGUGACGAUAGAAAAGUCGUGGAUGGAUGGAUCAGGCAGGAGCUCUCUGGCCGUCCUCACUGCUCAAUCUGCCCACAGCCUCACUGCCGACGUGGCCACCAGGAGGCUAUACUGGCUCAGUGACUUCAAGAAGUCCAUAGAGACGGUGAAGAUCGAUGGGACUGGACGUUACUCCUUCUCAGGAUUGUUCAGCAGACCAGCUCUCAGCCUGGCUGUCUUUGAGAGUUUCUUCUACUGGGUUGAUGACAAAGGACUGUGGCAGGUUCCGCAGGAUCGACCCAACCAGAAGACAUUUCUUUGGAAAGCUGAAUUUCCUCAAAUAACCAUUUUCCAUGAGCUUCAGCAGCCUCGAGGUUCUUCUGCCUGUGUGAGGACUCAUUGCCACCUCUGCCAUCUAACUAAAGGAAACCCUGCUGGAUUCACCUGCGCUUGUCCAAACCUCAAAGUUCUGUUGCUUGAUGGGACAUGUGAAUAUCCAAGAUUUGUAUAUGCAACCAGCACCAACAUCAACCUGGUGGAGUUCAGCGGUGACGUGUCCACUGACACCCAGCUAUUUACCACUAAUGACGGCAUCCUGUCUUUUGACGUGGACUGGUACAGAGACUGGCUGUUCUGGGCCAACAACACUGGCCACAUCCAACGGACUAGUUUAACCCAGGUCAAGACUGAGGUGGUACCAACAGCUUUGCCAGUAUGUCUUAUAAAAGUAGACCAGAGGAGUGGGAGCGUUUUCUGGGUGUCAUGUGACCAUAAAAGAAUCGGCACCACCACAGCUGAGGGUCGCUCCCCGCAGCAGCUAUACCGCACGACCAGGGAGAUAGGAAAAUUUCACCUGGACUGGCUGAGAGGUGGCAUCCUCUGGCUGGAGGAAAACCAAAUCCUCAGCAUGAGCAUGGUGGGAGGCAAAGCCAAACAGCUGCUGCAGUUGUCAGGGAGAGUCGAAGGCAACAUCGCCUUUGACCUCAGGGCCACUAGUCUGCUCUGGAACUCAAAAACAGCAGGUUUGAUGACUUUGAGUUUGCUGCAAGAGCGAAGCCAUCAGGCAGGAAGAAGAUGGAACAUUUCAGGCUCAGUCGUAGCUGCAUUUGAGCCCUUCCUCUUGACCCUUUCUGACGACGUCAUGACUCUGUGGGACAGGCGUCAAGGCCGAGCUAUCCAGAACAUGCCAGUGAGAGGUCGCGUGUCAGAAGUUAUCGCUGCACUUGGGAAAAUUCUAUCAGUGCCCAGUUCCUCAGUCUGCAGUGCACCGUUUGUGCCGUGCAGACAAUCGUCAGUCUGCCUUUCACAAACCCAACUGUGUGACGGCAAACAGGACUGUCCUGAUGGAGAUGAUGAGAAAUUAUGUGCUACUGCGUGUCCGUCUACAGAGGAUUUCAAGUGCCGGGACGGUAGCCGCUGCCUCGCCAGGGAUCUUCUGUGCGACGGUCGCUCUCAUUGUCGCGAUGGCUCAGACGAGGUCAACUGUUCGACCGUAGCUUCUCCUGCAAUUCAAGCAUAUGUCCUCAAGUGUCGCAUAGGCUCAAAGCCCUGUAAAGAUGGCACAGAGUGUGUUCUAAGCAGCCAUGUGUGCGAUGGAGAGGGCGACUGUACGGAUGGAUCAGACGAACUAGAAUGUGAUGUGGCUUCAACAACACCUGACAUCUCUACAUCUAAAACAUCCCCUGCUAUGACUGCGCCGCCCUGCAGCAACCCCUCUGUGCUCUGUCUCUCUGGUAAUCUUUGCAUUUCUCCGAGCCAGUUUUGUGACGGCCGUAAAGAUUGUCCUGAUGGCUUUGAUGAAAAGAACUGUGUGAAGAGAUGUCCCAACAAAUACGAUUUUCGCUGUAAAGACCGACGUAGCUGCAUCUCCAGGAGUCUGGUGUGCGACGGUCGCUCUCACUGCCAUGAUGGCUCAGAUGAGCUCAACUGUCCGACUGCAGCUGCCCCUGCAGCGCAGGCAAAAGUCCUGAGGUGUCGCUUCGGCUCCAGGCAUUGCAGAGAUGGAAGGGAAUGUGUUCUCUUUAGUCACGUUUGUGAUGGAGAGCAAGACUGCCGGGAUGGAUCAGACGAAGAAGGAUGUGAUUCUGAAGAUGCCACCACUCCUCGAGAAACCGUCUCAAAUAAAUCUAAAUUUGUGGAACCAUCUACUGAGCCUCCCACCAUGCCACCCUGCACCAGUCCUUCAGUUCUGUGUCCAGGUUCUUCUUUGUGCAUCAAUUUGACACAGCUAUGUGACGGAAGGAGAGACUGCCCUGAUGGAUCUGAUGAACAGUGUGUGAAAAGAUGCCCCUAUAAGACUGACUUCCGCUGCAAAGAUCGCCGCAGCUGCGUUUCAGGGAGUCUGGUCUGUGACGGUCGCUCUCACUGUCACGAUGGCUCCGAUGAGAUUGACUGUCUGGCUGUAGAUGCUCCUGUAGCACGGGCAAAAAUCCUGAGGUGUCGCUUUGGCUCCAGACAUUGCAAAGAUGGAAGUGAAUGUGUUCUCUUCAGUCACGUUUGUGAUGGAGAGGAAGACUGCCGGGAUGGAUCAGACGAAGAAGGAUGUGAUGCUAAAGACACUACCUCUACCACCAAAAAUCCCAUAAAUGGACCGCACGAACCUGUGGAACUAUCUACUGCGUCUCCCACCAUACCAAGCUGCACCAGUCCUUCAGUUCUGUGUCCAGGUUCUUCUUUGUGCAUAAGUUCGACACAGCUAUGUGAUGGAAGGAGAGACUGCCCUGAUGGAUCUGAUGAACAGUGUGUGAAAAGAUGCCCCUAUAAGACUGACUUCCACUGCAAAGAUCGUCGCAGCUGCGUCUCAAAAAGUCUGGUCUGUGACGGUCGCUCUCAUUGUCACGAUGGGUCUGACGAGGUCGACUGUCCAAGUGCACCUGCUCCCAUAUCUCAGCUGAGUGUUUUGAAGUGUCGCAUUGGCUCGCGGUCGUGUAAUGACGGCACAGAGUGUGUUUUAUACAGCCAUGUAUGUGACGGAGAGGAGGACUGCAGGGAUGGAUCUGAUGAGCAGGGAUGCCAGAAAACAUGCCAAAAAGGUGAGUUCCAGUGCUCCCAUGGGAAUAUGUGCAUCCCUGCAGCUCAGGUGUGUGAUGGUAAGUCACAGUGUCGGGACCAGUCUGAUGAGGUCAACUGCUGGGAACAAUCCAAAAGCUGCGAAUUCCGUUGUGCCGAUGGCAAACGCUGCAUCCCGAAGAAAUUCCUGUGUGAUGGUGAAAGAGACUGCCUGGAUGGCACGGAUGAAGUGGGCUGUGUUUUUAACUCUCCAGAGUCCACUACUGCCGCAACAACAACCGAGCUUCCUGCCUCCACUUCCACGUCUGCUUGCAUCUCUCCGUCUGUCCUCUGUCCGAGUUCAUCGCUGUGCAUCUCUCAUAAACAGCUGUGUGAUACACAGCAAGAUUGUCCUGAUGGAUUUGAUGAGAAAGACUGUGUUUUCCAGUGUAAAAACAAAGAUGACUUCUUGUGCAAAGACCGAAGAAAGUGUGUCUCCAGUAUGAAUGUGUGCGACGGUCGUUCCCACUGUCCUGACAGCUCAGAUGAGAUGCAGUGCCUGUCAGGUGAUCCCAUACCGCUCUCCUCCAAUAUGCCCAACCCCAAAUCAGCACCUCUGAAGUGCCGCAAAGGUUUCAAGCCCUGUAAAGAUGGCCUUGACUGUGUCAUGUACAGCCACGUGUGUGAUGGCGAGAAAGACUGCCAGGAUGGGUCAGACGAAGAGGGAUGUGCUGCUCAGUGCAAAGCAGGUGAGUUUCGGUGCGCUCAUGGGAAUAGAUGCAUCCCUUCUGAGCAGGUGUGCGACGGUCAGUACAACUGUCAGGACCGCUCUGAUGAAGUGGACUGUUCAAAGCAAAGUGAAGGCUGCCAUCACCGCUGUGACAACAACACUCGCUGCAUACCAGAGACCUUCCUGUGUGAUGGCGAGAAAGACUGUGGUGAUGGAUCAGAUGAGGAAAAGUGUGGUUUGGUUUCCUGUGCGAUCAACCAGUUUCGCUGUGCUAAUGGCAAGUGUGUGUCUGAGGCUCUGAGAUGUGAUGGAUACGCUGACUGCAGGGAUCACUCUGAUGAGAUGGAAUGUGGAAGACCCCCGCGCUGCCUUACACAGCUGCGAUGCUCAAACAGCCACGAGUGCUUGCAGAAGGAGUGGCUCUGCGAUGGUGAAGACGACUGCAAGGACGGGUCAGACGAGAAGAACUGUGUGACACCACCAGCAAAAUGCAGGGAGUACCAGUGGCAGUGUGGCGACAGCAGUCAAUGCAUCCCGGUGUCCUGGAAGUGUGAUGGAACAAAUGACUGUCACAAUGGUGCAGAUGAAAACAAAUGCACCCAGAAAAAAUGCCUGUCGCACCUUUUCCAGUGUGGCAGCGGCGAGUGUGUGGACAUGGACCUGGUGUGUAACGGCUUUACCAACUGUGCUGACAGAUCAGAUGAGGGUGUGGGAUGUGCUCGACGCAACUGCUCCAGCCUGUUGGCUCCUCACUGUGACGACCGCUGUGUCAGCACCCCAAAUGGAGCGAGAUGUUACUGUGCGGCAGGUUUCAGACUUCAGUCCAGUGGUGUGUCCUGUAUGGAUAUCGACGAGUGCAAAGCAACACCCUACGCCAUGUGCAGACACAUCUGCAUCAACACCCGUGGGUCUUACGUCUGUAACUGUCACCCAGGCUUCUACCUGGAGCCUGACAACAAAAGCUGCAAGACAAAAGACGAGCCUUGGCUGCUGGCGUCGGUGCAGUCUGAGCUGUUACUCCUGGGCGUCCACAGCAGCAACCUGCGUCUCCUCUCGUCUGCCAGUCGGCCCGUCUUCUCACUGGAUUAUCACUGGAAACAGCAGAGAGUUUACUGGCUGAGCCCCGACUAUCAGAGCAUUCGCUGGGUUGACAUGAAAAACUCAAAUAACAAAGGGACACUUAUCAAAGGAGUGAAGUCUGAUUUUAUUGCUGUGGACUGGGUCGGUAAGAACCUAUACUGGGUGGAUGGACUUGUUGGCCAGAUUCUGGCUGUGAAGCUCAGCGACGCUACAGUGAGAUCCCAGGACUACACUGUGGUCCUGGGGGAAGAUCUGGAGCAGCCCAGCUCAUUGGUCCUGCUGCCCCACAAAGGCCUGAUGCUGUGGUCAGAGAUUGGCAGCACCCCACAGAUUGAACGGUCUGGCAUGGAUGGUUCAAAGAGGAAGGUGGUGGUGAGCCAAGGCUUGAGUUGGCCUGUCAGUUUGGCCUAUGACCUCCUGGACAACAGGGUGUACUGGGCCGAUGAGAAGCUGCGCUGCAUCGGCUCAGCUUCUCUGGAUGGAGACAACGUGAAGAUUCUUCAGUUGGCUGAAACUCCGAGCCCUUUCUCCGUGGCAGUCUUCAAUGACAAAGUCUUCUGGUCCGACACAAAGAGAAGAACUAUUCGUUCAGCUGACAAGAACACUGGGAAAGAUCAAAAGGUUCUACUGAAAAGACCAGGGCAACCAUUUGGACUGAAACUGAUGCAUGCACUUUCCCAGCCAUUCGUGUCUAGUCCCUGUGAUCAGCUACACUGCUCCCAUCUCUGCCUCUUGGCCCCAGUGUUGAGAGGCAGGACUGAAGCUCCAGGAGCUCUGGUGGUGGGUGACCUUACUGCAGUAUGUCGAUGCCCAAAGGGGCUGCUGCUCUCCAAGGACAAGAUCACCUGUUCUCUGCCCACAGAGUCAACUUUCAUCCUGCUUUUGUCUAGCAAGACAGCCUAUCAGAUUUUCUUGCGCUCUAUGCAUGAAGAGGGUGUUUCUCUUAAGAAAAUGCCUAACAAUCGAGUUUUGGAUCUCCCCGGAGUCACUGAGGCUUCAGGACUCGACGUGUCCAUUCAUGAGCUGUCAGUGUUUGUGGCAGAUGCAAAUCAAGGAACUGUGGAUGUGUUGAAACUUGGCAGAUCGAGGCAGGGGCUGACCCCUGCUGGACAAAUCCUAAAGCUGAAGGAUGAUCCAGUCGUGGCUCUGGCAGUUGACUGGGUGACUUCCAACCUGUACUGGAGCAGCACCAACAGGCCCCAUCUUCAUGUGACCUCCCGCCAAGGCAGUUACACCACUUCUCUGCUGCAGGGAUCACUGAAGGGCACCACAUCCAUCGCACUGCAUCCUCCCUCAGGACGACUCUGCUACACAGCAACAUUUGUGGUGGGUGAAAACAGCGAGGCCCAGGUGAACUGCGCCUGGAUGGACGGCAGGAACAAAGCAGUGCUGUGGCGAAAGUCGAGCCUCCCCACAUCGCUUGUGUUUUCUAAUACAGGAGUCACAAUCUACUGGGCUGAUAGAGGUGAGGGAGUAAUCAACUCUAUUAGUGUGGAUGGAUCAGGCUAUAAACAGUUCAAAACAGGGCCAGGUAUGCUCAUCUCCUUCACACAUGCUGAGAACUACCUCCUCUGGGUCACCCUGGACAAAGAUGUAAUCAAGCUGUGGUUCACUGACGGGUUUCAGCCUAAACAACUGUGGUUUGAGACAAAGACCAUCGUGGAGGAGGUCAAAGCCUACAGCAACAUCAGCCAGACUGGAACAAAUAGCUGCUCUAACAAAAAUGGCCAGUGUGAACACCUGUGUCUGCCUUAUCCUGGAGGGCGGACAUGUAAAUGUGGACAGGCCUUCUACAGCCUCGAUGCCACUUCCUGCAUCCCACUGCCCGACUGCCCCGACGGAGAACAGUCCUGCUCCGAUGGAACCAAGUGCAUCAGCUUCAGCAAGUUCUGCGACGGACACUCUGACUGCUCGGACCAGUCUGACGAACAGGCCUGUCCAAACACGGACUCUUCCAGGAUCAGACCCACUGACAGUCGCACUACCCAGCUGUUAAACACCGCUCGCCCUAACAGCCAACAAGACUCUGUUCUUCCAGUUAAAAAAGACUCUGUGUCCUGUGAGCUCCAGCACUGCAGCGGCCACGGCAACUGUGUCUCCGAGGACAGAGUCACUCGGUGCCAUUGUUUGGCUGGUUACACGGGAGAGUUUUGCCAGGAGACGGAAAGUGGACACAGCCACAUCCCUGCUGUCCUGGGUGUCUUCUGCCUCGUUGCUCUGUUGACAGUUGCUGUUUUUAUGUUUGUGAAAAGGAGAGCCUGGGCUUCCCUCAGGAACAGAUCCAUGGACAAGGAAACUCUGAUGGCCAACAUGGGCCUGCCAUCUGAACACUAUGAUUCUGACUCUGAGGAGCUCGAGACCCCAGUUGACGUCAACAACCCCCCGCUUUUGUUGAAGUCCCUCCAGCCUAAAUAGAUGAACUGUGGUAUUGUUAUUGAUCAGAUAUCACAAGUCAUGUCAGAAUAUACAUCUUGGGGCCUGAAUUUCAACCUGUUGAUGCAGAUUAUUUUGUAAUAAACACAAUUUGACGUGAACCAAUAACCAGACUCUGUUUUAAAUUCACUUCUGACUGAAUUGUUGGCCGCAUAUGAGACUUUUCCAGAUUAAUUAUUCUGAGAACAAUUUAAACUGUCCUGUCAGUUCAACUUCUUAAAAUUAAGUUUUUAUUACC